AUGACCGAGUCGACGCAGACCCAGGACCUCGUGCCCUCUUCGUCUCGUUGCAUCCCCUCGGAGCCCGAUGCACCGUCCAUUGCGCCCUCGUUAACUUACUCUGAAGAGUCGGAGGACCAGGACGAACCCAUAAGUCGAGUCCAACCUCGCCAGCGUCGUGCCUCGACAAGACUCAUUGCUCAGAAUGCCCGCGACAUCCAGCGCUUUACCGGCGAGACGACGGCCGAAUUCGUCGGCCGCUGCUGCGGCGGUGGUUGCUGCUUGAUGGGGGGCGCUCGCCGUUCCGGCCUUCAAUACGAGACCGUUCCACUGCCUGACAAUGAUGCAUUCCGAUCCCUCGGACUAAAGAUUGGCGAUAUUCCUACCACCUUGACCAAGAUUGUCGAGAUGCCAGAAAAAACCAUCUCGUUCAAAUCAAUCUCCAAACCAAGAAGCGCUCCAUCCCCAACAGACUCUGCUAUUUCACUUGGAUUCGAUGCAGGCCCCGCGUUGGAUAAUGCAAGUCUCGGCCAGACUCUGUCAUCUACUGAUACCACAAUUCAGCCUCCGAGAUUCGUCCAGCCGCAUCCUCCUUACCACGUUUACCCAGCCAGGAUUCAUUCUGCCCGAGAGUUGACCAAGGAUGGCGCCGAGAAGCGAACUUACCAUUUCGAUCUUGACAUCACAGACUACCCCGAAGAAGACGGAAAUGAUUUCAAGGUCGGCGGUGCCAUCGGCGUCAUGGCCCCCAACUGUGAAUUGGUUGUCGAGGAUGUUCUUGAUACGUUGAUGGUGCCUCGGUUCAUUCGGAACAAGCCAGUCAUACUGACCACAACCAAAGGUAGAUGGCCAACCGUCUGGGGCGACGACAAGGCACGAGAACUAGUGACUACUCGCCGUGACCUACUCACGUGGUGCACUGAUCUUCAGUCUUACCCCCCGACAAAGCCUCUUCUCAGGGUGCUUGCGGAGCAUGCCACCUCCGAGAACGAGAAGAAGAUACUAAUGUUUCUCUGUUCAUCCGAGGGCCAGGGCACGUUCUGCGACUUCCGCACUGGGCCUCACAUUACUGUUUCCCAGCUCCUCAACGCCUUCCCCAGCUCUCACCCCCCCAUGGAUGAGUUGUUGUCGUGCCUGACACCGCUCAUGCCGCGCUUUUACUCGCUGUCCAAUGAUCCCCACGAGUCUUGCCAGAUUCGCAACCAGAAGCGACAUCGCCUCAUUGAGAUUGCCGUUACCGUCCAUGAGACCAACGACUGGAAGAAGGGUUGCCGUACAGGCGUCGGAUCGGGGUUUUUCGAAAGACAGGCCCGGCGCUACAUCAGUGCGCAGGAGGCUGGCGAAAAGUCACCCGAGUUCUACAUACCCAUGUUCAAGGGCCUUAUGGCCAACCCGCUAGCGAGGCAGUUCAACUCUGAGGGCCCAAUGCUGCUCAUCGGUGCUGGCGUUGGCAUCGCUCCCUUCCGUGGCUUCGUACAGCGACGGUUGAAGCAGGCAAACUGUGCCAACAAGGUGUGGGUUCUGCAGGGGAUCCGCGACUCUCUUGUCGAUGAGAUUUACAGCGGUGAAUGGGGCGUACACGAGGACGAAGUCAAGAGAGUGGUGCAAAGUCGCCGGGGCGAGGGUCGAUAUGUGCAGGAGGAGGUGCGGAACCAAGCCGACCUGGUCUGGUACAUUGCCAACUCGGUGGACGGUCGCAUCUUCGUCUGUGGCAGCUCCAAGGGCAUGGGCGAGGGGGUCGAGGACGCUCUCGUCGAUGUCGCCAUGUCAAAGGGCAACCUGGAGCGCGACGAAGCCAAGAACUUUUGGCAGCUCAAGAAGGAAGCCGGACAGUACAUUGCUGAGACAUGGUAG